GGAGGCCACCGUCUUCAGCCGACGUUCAUGUGAGCGGCCCCAGAUCCUCCAUCCAUCCCUCCACACCGGAGCCUGGAUGCUCCAGCACCUCACCCCCUGUCUGCGCACACACCUCCGCGCUCCAUCCCGGGCCAUCGCUCGUAUUCAGCCCGGUGUAUGUGCGGUAUUUCCCCCCAUGGAGGAGUAGUCAGGUCGGGAUCCACCGCCCUGCAGCCUGCCGGGGAGCGAGGGGAAGAAGCUGUUGAAAUGGUCGCUGUUUCUGGCUCCGGAGGCUCCUUUUGCCGUGAUGUGAGCGCGGACGAGGCGCGUCAACCUGCCGGGGAUGAUGGUGAGUGGCCGAUUGACGAGCACGGUGAAACCAUGCGGCUGUGUGGUGCUCCCUAGCCUCCCCUGUCCCUCGCCUCCCACCUGAUCUCCUCUCCUCCUCCACCCCCGUCUUCCUCCUCUGUCCUCCUGCUCACCAUGACGACCCCCCUGGAGAUGCUGCUGGCUCAGCCCGACCAGGAGCUGAGCCACGAGCGGCUGGACGGCUGCGAGGACAUCGCCGGGCGCUACAAGGUGGUGCCCUCCGUGGUCUGCUCCAUGUGCUGCCUCUUCGGCAUCAUUUACUGCUUCUUCGGCUAUCGCUGCUUCAAAGCGGUGAUGUUCCUGACGGGCCUGAUGUUCGGCUCCGUCGUCAUCUUUAUGCUCUGCUACAAGGAGCGCGUUCUGGACACCCAGCUGAGCGUGGAGGCCUCGGUGGGCAUCGGCCUCGGCAUCGGCACGCUCUGCGGCCUGGUCACCAUGCUGGUUCGCAGCGUGGGCCUCUUCAUGGUGGGCCUGCUGCUGGGCCUGCUGGUGGCCGUGGCCACCCUGGUGGGCAUGGAGGAGCUUUCCAACAGCCCGCCGCGCUCCGUCUGGGUGCCCCUGGGCGUGCUGCUUGGCCUGGGCAUGCUGUUCGCCGUGCUCACCCUGCAGUGGCAGCGUCUCUUUACCACGCUGUCCACGGCGGUGUUCGGCGCAGCAGUCAUCACUGUGGCGUUAGACUACUUCGUGGAGCUCUUCGCCCUCGUGCUGUACAUGUAUGAGCGGAUGAAAGCGGUGCCUGGGAAGCCUGUGUGCUGGCUGACGUGGGUGGUGCUCGGGGUGUGGCCUGCCCUCACCCUGCUGGGUGUCAUGGUCCAGUGGAAGGUGACCGCUGAAGGAUACUCCCAUACCAAGGUGAUCAUCAGCCGGCAGCAGAGGAGGAUGCAGGUGAUGCGGAUUCGUCAGCGGGACGAUCGCUAUCGCAACAAGAAGAAGAAGAAGCAGCAGCACGGCUCCUCCCACCAUCACCACCAGGCCAAGCAGCUUCACACUGAGCCCGCCUACCGCCGCAAACCCAACCCUAUCCGCCGCUACGACACGGACGUCCUCUCACCAAGCUACAUCCAGAGUUUCCGAGACCGGCAGGUCCAGGCGCAGCCCAUCCCGAGCCGGCUGGUCGGCGGCCCCCACACCGUGGUGGACGUUGGCUACGACUGCGGCUCCACGACACCCCUCACCGGAGCUGCGGCACCUGCGCUGCGUGUCUGAACACUCCUUCACCUCCCAGAGGCCUGAACACACCACGCCACCUGAGAGAUGCGUGACUCUGCAAUCACUACUCCACCUGGGUGGAACCACACCUGUGCUAGAACAAAACGCCACUGGGUUUCAAUGCAAAGGGUUUAAACAUAAUCUGGGUUCAGCCACGCCCCUAAGAGGAUGAAAUAUAUCUAGGGCUGGAUUUACCCACAAUGCAAAUCAUGUUUAACCCUUUUACUAAUUAAAUUUUGGAUCAUAAGGCUCCGUCAGUGUGGUGCAGAGGCCUGCUCAACCUCUUUUCACUGUCUUUCAAAUGCACAAACACAUGCACGCACUCACACAAACACACACUGCAGCUACAAUCUCCAGGGUCGACGUGGAAACCCAGAGCAGCCCGCUGUACCCGACCCCGGCCUGUUUGUCACCGUCUCCAGUCAAACCACAUCAGGGAUCUCAGUUUCAACGCAAACCCGCCUCAGGUUCAAACCCAAAAAUCAAAAUCAACCCUGGUUUCUACCGCUGCCGCCGAUUUUCAACUCAUGGUGCAGAAGGAACUCGUUCCUCAGCCUGUAGGCGUCUUAAAAGUCCAACAAAGAUCAUCUCUAAAGGGAAGUAAGGGCCCUUAAAUGCAAGCCGGGAUCUUUUAUUUGCUUUCUGUGCCAUGUGGACUACAACAGCCGUCCCUGAAACGGGGAGAGACGUCUUUAAUGUUUAAAGGGGGGAACCCUUCGUCACCCUUGGUGCUGGACGAUCUUCAAGCGUCAAACUGCUCUCUGACGGCCGGGGAAUCUGUUUAAAUGGGUGCCUUGCCCCUCUGUGGACUGUACCACUCAGCAACAGGAGGGGGGUUACUGGCAGAUCUCCCAUCGAUGGCUUGUUUUUGCAUUAAAUGUGACCACAGAAGGAUUUCUUAGCCAUGGAGCUACAACAAGCAGGGUAAAAAAAAAAUCUUGUUGGAGUGGAGUUGGCUUCUUGUCUUAACAGAUGCCUGGACAUACGAGGAGGAUUUGCUUUAAGCCGACAGCAAGAGAGCCGCGUUUACACUGUCACCUCAUCUGAGGUUUCACACAACGCAGAAAAAAGGAAACAACAAUCUGAUUAUUUUACAACCUGAGUGUCGUCCCUGCUGCAGUGCAAACUGUUCGUCCUCCAAGAGAUUAUUUAUGCUGCUGAGCCGAGAAGUGAUAGUGAAAGUUAUGUUUCACUUUCUUCCUGUUUCCUGCUGCAGAGCAAUCAAAAUCUGAGCCGUUAUAAAACGAGCAGAAGAAGCAGGUGAAAGUUUAAAAUCUUCUCGGGGAUGAGCAGAUUUGUACGGAGCCCCUGACGUCCCAAAAUAUUAUAUAUUUUUAUUUUGGGCGCACAAGAUAUUUUACUUGUUAAAGUUAAAGUUUUAAAAUGUUGAUAUCUUCUGCAUACAAAGUAAUGAGGUAAAAACUUGCAUGCUCA